AUGGGAUCUCCAACUCGGGACUCCCACGGAACCCUCACGCGAUGCCUCGACUUGUUUGAGACAGUGUGUUUCCAGACAACACUGCAAGACCAUCAAAACAUGAUGAGGAAACGAGGGUUAACACUGAAUCUCCACCAGACUCUUGUACUUCGGUUGAGAUAUAUCGCCGAGUAUGUGAUUCGUAGUCUCAACGAAUUCGGAUGGGCUGUCGUCGAUAACUUCCUUGGUGAUAGUCAUUGCCGGUUCACGUGCAAAGAAGUUAGAUGCCUUUACCAACGCGGUUUAUUCAGUGCUGGUCAGUUGAUGGAUGACAGGAACAAGGAUGAAUACCAUGUGAAGGAUAUUAGAUCUGACCAGAUCUACUGGUUUGAUGGUGUUGACCCGCGUGCCAGUGAUGCUGUUACAGUACGUCUUCUUGUGUCGAUGAUUGACAGUGUUGUUCAGCAUUUCAAGGGACGCCUUCCACCGUAUGACAUCAGUGGUCGAUCAAGGGCCAUGAUCGCUAUUUAUCCUGGAAAUGGCACUCGAUAUGUGAAGCAUGUAGACAAUCCGGUGAAGGACGGCAGGUGCAUCACCGCAAUCUAUUACUGUAACGAGGAUUGGGAUACGAACGUGCAUGGUGGAACUCUUCGUCUUUACCCAGAGAGCUCUGCAAUUCCGAUGGAUAUCGAUCCGAAGGCUGAUCGUCUUGUGUUUUUUUGGUCUGACAGGCGUAAUCCUCACGAAGUGAUGCCGGUGUAUAGACCGAGGUUGGAAAUUAUUUUUGCAUUAUUGAUAGUCUUAGUAAAGGGCUUCACUUAG